AUGGUGGGAGGGGAGGGUGCACGCUUCACAGUGGAUCUGGCUACAUUGACUUGGGUUGAUUUUAAGGAAGUAUUUUAUAGGAAAUAUUUCACAGCCGAUAACAGAACCCGAUUGGCGAGGGAAUUCUUGGAGCUUUGCCAAGGAGAUUUGACGGUGGCUGAGUACAUUAGGAAGUUUGAGAGGGGAUGCUACUUUGUACCCAUGAUUGCCAGCCAACCAAUCAAGGAGCUGAAGCACUUUACUGAGGGAUUGAGAGCUGCCAUUCGCCAUGAUGUCAGAUUAAGUCAGAUAGGGCAUUUCGCGAGAGAUUAUCCUCAGCUCAGAGAGCCAACCAAAGGAAGGGUAUUUGCUAUGACACAGGAGCAGGUGGAUCUAGAUGCAACCAUUAUUACAGAUUCUGGGGUCAUCCAUUCUUUUAUAUCUGCGGCCUAUACUGCAAAAUUGGGCAUUACAUCUGAACAAAUGGUUAUGGGAUAUAGCGUUUCUUUACCUUCCGGAGAAGAACUGCAUAGUAACAGGAUGAUGAAGGUGAAAGAGAAAGAUGUUCAUAAAAUGACAUUCAAAACUCUAUAUAGACACUACGAGUUUCUGGUUAUGCCAUUUGGACUUACUAAUGCCCCAGCAGCAUUCAUGGACUUGAUGAAUCGGGUCUUUAAGUCGUAUUUGGACCAGUUUAUUAUUGUCUUCAUUGAUGAUAUACUAAUUUACUCUCGAAGUUGCGAGGAACAUCAUCUGCACUUGACAACAGUGCUGCAGACACUGAAGGAUAAACGUUUGUACGCAAAAUUUAGCAAGUGUGACUUUUGUCUGCGACAGAUUCCAUUUUUGGGGCACAUAGUUUCAGAGAAAGGGAUAGAGGUGGAUCUAGCCAAAGUAGAGGCAAUAAAAAAUUGUGGUACACUGAAGAAUGUUACCGAGAUCCUAAGCUUCUUCAAGUUGGCAGGCUACUACUGA